GGGCGGAGAUUCAGGACCCCGUCAAGCCUCCGGUAUUUUUGGUCAAAUUUUAGCUGGUUACAAAAGCAGCUGGUUGACGGAGAGGGUUAGAUUGGAUAACACACACGAGAAGAGUUAGUUAGUAGUGAACACUGUGAGACGACAGCAUGGACAGGACGGUCAGCCUUCCCAGUCAGCCUGACAAAACCACCACAGUAACUCUGGUUGAGAGCAGCAGCACCCCCAGCGGGCUGGAACUGGUCAGCUCCUACCAGACCCACAGAGUGGGAGAUCCCACGGACCUGGUGGCCCUGGCAGUACAAGUACAGAAGGGAGAUGAUUUCAUUAAAGCCAACGCUUCCAACAAACUGACAGUCAUCGCUGAUCAGAUCAGAUACCUACAGGAACAAGCGAGAAAGGUUUUAGAAGAGGCUAAAAGAGAUGCUGACCUUCACCACGCUGCCUGUAACAUAGUGAAAAAACCAGGCAACAUGUACUACCUCUACCAGCGGCAAUCUGGACAGAAAUACUUCUCCAUUAUCUCUCCUAAGGAAUGGGGCCCAAGCUGCCCUCACACAUUUGUUGGUGCAUUCAAACUCCAACAUGACAUGUCGUGGACCCCCGUAGACGAGGUGGAGAAGAGGGACGCAGAGAUCGCCAUCAUGGACAAACUUCUCAGCAAGCAGGCGGCCUUACCACCUUACACAGAACCAAACUUCAAGGGCCUCGCUGAUUAAAGGACUGGGAUUUUAUAAAGGACUCAUGGUGGAGAUUAACUAUAUUCUUAAUGGACAUCAGUUUGAACUGAGAUGAAUCCAGACAUGGAUGGGAAUCACUGAUAUCACAAUGUCACAAUGCUUCAUUGACUUUCAUAUACUGCCUUAAGAGUUUAAUGCAUUACAAGUUUUUGUUUGUAUACUUGCAACCUUAAGGAUACUUUUCUAAACAUAAAGUAGGCUGCUCCAGUAUACCUGUGCAUGGGCACUUUUACCAAAUAAAAGCUCAGAUACUUCAGUUGGUUCUCACCAACAUAUGAUGAGAGUUAAAGCUG